ACAAAUCAAAGCAAAAUUCUAAAUGAGAGAAUAAACCAAAAGAAGCAUUUCUCUGGCACACUAUCAGUGGAUAUUUGUUGGAAACAUCAUGUCAAAAUGCAGUGACACGACACCUCAAAUACCGCUCGUAUUGGAAGCCGAGACCCAAACAACGCCCCAGUACUCCUUCAGCGAUAUUGAACUUGUCGAGGAAGAGCAGGAGCAGACAACGCCGGAGUACUCUUACAGUGAUGUCGAAGAGCAGGAGCUGGAGCAGCCACUUGGGUUGCCCUCGAACUGUGGGGAGGUCUCCUACGAGCGCCGCAAGAAGAGGCUGCGACACAGUCUGAAGGAGUGCUGCUUCUGUGUGGAUCUGCGGGUGGGCUGCUGCUUCAUGGGUUUAUUCGAGAUGUGCUCCUCGGCGAUGUGCCUGCUGUUUGGGGAAAGUAAUUUGCUGCUGUAUGUUGGUCGUCUCGGCUACAUGGUGUACCUCAUCGGAUCGGCAAUGCUGACAGUUGGCGCUUUGCUGGAAUGGCAUUGUCUCGUUAGGAUCUAUCUCUUCGCGAAUGUGGUGCAUCUGCUGCUGUGCCCCCUGUUCAUCCUUCAGCAUGCCCAGCGAACUUGUUUGUAUUGCUACUACGAAAUACUUUUCCUUUCUCUGCUACUGAUCCUCGGUCUGUACUUUGAGCUGGUGGCCUACUCCUAUCUGGUGCAGAUUCAGUGGCAGCAUUCCCGUUUCUACAGGCCAUUUGCCAGAACGGCAAGGGACGGCGUACGUAGAUGCCGAAGGCAGGAUAUUGAGGAGAAAGAGCCGUCAGUGGAGAGUCAGCAGCAGAGCCAGCGCCCGAGCCAUGUGGAUUUGAUUGAAGAACCUUCCAAUUACCAGCAAUCAGUGCUGUAAGUCACAGAGCAACGGCGCUGUUAACGGCACAGAGCAACGGCGCUGUUAACGGCACAGAGCAACGGCGCUGUUAACGACGCAUAAUAACAGGCUGUUACCGCUCUCAGCUAACAGUCUGCUCCAGGCUCUCGUGAUAACAGCAAAGAAAUACUUCUACAGAGCGAAGUUUAAAACGAA